CGUUGUCAACCUACACAUUCGUUUGUUGACACUAUUUCCAGUUUUUUUUUUUUUUCAGAAAGCGAUGGGAGGCGCCACUGUAUCACGACAAGAAGAAAGUAGACAACGGAAAAAAAGGAAAAGGAAUCCUUCAAUAUGGAAGAGGAAUAUUUCGAAAACAGCGAAGCUAAAAGACCAACAAUAUAUUAACUAUAAAGGACAACGCAUACCAGCUAAAAUUACAGGAUGUGCCUACAGGUGCAAGAGGUUCAAGUGCUUUCAAGACAUCAGUGCAGAUGAAAAGGAAUCUAUUUUAGUACGGCUUCAUACCUUGACUUCUAAGGACGAACAAGAUGAUUAUAUCCAGUCACUUAUAGACAUACAUAACGUCCAGCGACGUCGACCUAGAAAAGACAAUUCAAUUCGACAAGUCGACAAAGUGUAUACUUACCAUGUAAUUGUGGGUAACACCAAAAGGAGGGUAUGUUACAAAGCAUUUCUGGCUCUUCUAGCUUUAAGUGACAAGAGAGUGAAACGACUGAGAAAGCUGUCUAUAUCAGAUCAGAGUCCACAUGAUGAAGGAGGGAAAACACCCAGUGUAAACGCUUUGUCAGCAGAAGUCAGACAACUCACGACAAAUCACAUUAAUAGGUACCCAGUAAGAGAAAGCCAUUACAGUUGGAGAACAAGUAAGUACUUAGACGCAAGGCUCAAUAUUAAGUUGAUAUAUAAAAUGUUCAAGGAGAAACAUACAGACGUUAAAUGUAGCAACCAGACAUAUGCUUUGUUUAUCAAUGAGAACUACUCCCUGUCAUUUGGGCGACCUCAGAAGAUCGUUAGCAUCAGGCGCGUCUGUACGGAGGUGUCCGUGGACUGCUGCGUCGGCUAUGGGCCGCUUAGUGUGACGUCACCAACACUGCUGUGCGGCCCUGUUAUCCCGGGGGUGUCGGCACAGCUCGGCAGCCGCAGGGCGACCUCAAUUUCGCUGCACCACUGGCCGGUCGGCACCUUCGGCGCCGACAACUGGGCCGCGGUUUGA